AUGGAUGGAGAAUUUAAUGUUGAACAUAAAAUACACGUACUAGAACGACUUAAGGAAAAAGUAUAUACUAUAAAUUAUAAUUAUUAAUUUUGGUAUGUCUAAGUAUUGAUGAGAUACGAAUUUCUUUUGAAACGUAUCUAUAUUUACAAAUUAAUAAAAACUGCUGUAGGAUUAGUUAAAUUUUAAUAGACAAUUUAGAAACCAUCUCCCUUCCUCCUCCUACCUGAUGUAGUUUAAUAAAUAAAUUCAUUAUAUUAUUACAUUAGUAUAAAUGCACAUAUGACAUACCUAGAUAAACUUAAAAAAUGUAUGUUAUUCUGAAUUGUUGUUAUAGAUGACACUGUUAGAAGAAUUUGAAAGGAUAACAGAUUUCGGAGGUAUAGAACGGUUAUCUUGUGAAGAAUAUUUAAUGAAGUAUGUCACGUCUACUUUGACAAAAUUGAUUGUUCAAGUAGCUAAAGUGAGACCACGGAAUCCUGUAGAUUUUUUAGUAAAUGCCAAUUAUUAUUCGACAUAAACAGAUAUUGUGUUAUAAAUUACUAGAUAUGUUUUAUCAUUUUGAAUAGGCUUAUAUGGCUCUUAAAGAGAAUCGGGAAGGUUUGCCCGAUUUCCCAGGAUAUUCUAAGGAAGGUGUAAGAAUCAAGAAUAUAUUGGAACGCAUAUUCCGCAUGUAUGGCUACGACGACGACAUCAUCAACUCGAAUCCAUUAAUGAAAUAUUUAGAAGUACAUUCUGUAAAUCGCGAAGACAAGGAAAUAAGUGCAGAACCAUUUUUUGAAUAA